CCUCCUCCUCCCCGGCCCCGCGCGCUUCCUUUCCCCGUGCCGCGCUCCGGGCAGGAGGCAGAAGGGAGCGGCCGGAGGGAUGGAGCGGAUCCCGGCAGGGAUGCGGUAGCUCCCGGGAUAUCCCGACCCGCUGCUCCCCGCAGGGACGCGGCCCUGAGUGCAGCUGUGCCAGGACCUCGUGGCUUUAAGCCAGGCAGAGCCGCUUUGCACUUCCAGGUGAAGCUGCCAUUCCCAAACCUCUCUGCAAUGGCCUCAGGGAAUGAGGGGGACCCUCCGCAGGCGCAGGAACGCCGAGGGAGCCACGGGCACAGCCUCAGCUCAGAAGGCCGUGUGGCAGAGGAGGCCGAGGAGGUGUUCCGGAGCUACGUCUUCUUCCGCUACCGGCAGGAGCGCGAGGAGCGAGGGGCAGAGCUGCCGCCAGACCCGGAGAUUGAGCAAAUCCAGCAGGAGCUGGAGAGCACCGGGAGCCAGGUGGGGCAGCGCUUGGCCCUCAUCGGGGACGACAUCUACAAGAACUAUGAUGACGAGUUCCGCAACAUGCUGGAGAGCCUGCAGCCCACCCGCGACAACGCCUACGAGCACUUCACCAAAAUUGCCUCCAGCCUGUUCGAGAGCGGCAUCAACUGGGGCCGGGUGAUCGCCCUGCUGGCCUUCGGGUACCGCUUGGCCAUGUACGUGUGGCAGCGCGGCGUCAGCGGCUUCCUGCGCCGCAUCGCCCACUUCGUCGCUGACUUCAUGCUGCAGAACCGCAUCGCCCGCUGGAUCGCCCAGCAGGGAGGAUGGGGGACUGCGCUGCACCUGGACAAUAUUUACAUGAAGUACAUGCUGGUGGUGACAGCCCUGGUGCUGCUGGGGCACCUGGUGGUGCGGCGCUUCUUCACCUGCUGACGGGGCAUGGGGGGCCCUCGAGCACCCCCCAGCACAGGGGUGACCCCAGGAACCUCCAGGAGAGAGCAUGGCUUGGGGUUGGGACCCUCCUGCUGCAGGUCUGGGGUCUCUGCACCCCCAGGAGAGGACUGGGGAGAUGGAGGGCUCUGCUUUGUUGUGUUUGGUGCCUCAAAAAGCUGAUGAGGAGGGGGAAUCUCUGGGAUGGGGACAUCUCUGGGAUGGGGACAUCUCUGGGAUGGGGACAUCUCUGGGAUGAGGACAUCUCUCAAUGGGACAUCUCUGGGAGCCCCGGCUCCUCUGGAGGAGCAGAGGGCUGUGACAGUGCCCCCAUGGCAGUGUGUGAUAAUGGCUGUGAGUGCCAGUGUUGGGUCCCCUCCCAGAGCCCCCUCCCCACCUCCCAGCUCCAUCCCCUGGCAUGUUUGAGGGGUGAUCCCAGCCCUGGCUUCUCCAGUGUUGGAAAUCCCAGCAGGGACAAACCGAGCGGGGCAGCUCCACCUCCCCCUGCUCCUGAGCCCAGCACUUGAGCCUUUUCCAGCCUUUCCAUGGACAUCCUGACCCUUUUCCAUGAAAACCCCUCUGGCCUGGCCCUUGGCUGGUGUUCCCUGCCCCAGCCUGGAGCUCCCAGGGGCUCUGAGCUGCCACGGCUGGGAAGCACCAGCAGCUUCCCCAAUGUGAAAAACCUGCGGGUGCCAGGGGCCCUGUCCUCCCCCUGCCCACCAGUUGGGCUCCCUGGCUCUUACUGGGAGGCACUGGAGCUGCAGCCCAUCCCUGGAGCAGCUCCAUGCAGGGACCAGGCUCCUCUGGGCAGGGACUUGUCCUGGUUCCAUUCCUGACCAAUGCUUGAGUGAUUUUGGGGCAAAGAGGGGAGCAAGCUCCUCUCUACCAGCCCAAACCUUCCUCAUUUUUGCAAACCAGGGAAUUCAAGCUGGUUAUUCCCUGUCCUGCCCAAGCUGGAGAUGAAGGAUCCCUCCCUCUUCUCCCCCUGCAGCUGCCCAGGCUUAGCAGGACCAGCCUGAAUUUUCUUACCACUCACAUUUCUCCUGUCCCUGCCUCUUUUUUAACAGAAUAACAAGCUUUCCAGCCCAUUUCCAUAUCUGAGCCUGUCAUUUUGCUCCUGGCUGUUCCUGCAGGAUCCCUUUCCCCUGAUGGGAAUGCUCUGGGCUGUGCUUAAGAGAAAAGCAUUUAAAUAUUUGCUGUAUUCCCACUCCUGCUUGCAUGCGUUUGCCCCAUGCAGGGCAGCACAACUUGGCUGUGCUCAGGUUUUGUGGCCACAACUCAAGUUUUGAGGCCACAGCUCAGGUUUUGUGACCCUGCUGGCUCAUCUGAGCCCCCCUGGUUGCUUUGUCCGCUUGCAGGUGCAUUCCUCCACACAAAAUUCCCAUUCCUGUCGUGCCACCCCUUCUCCCAGCUUGGGAUUACCUCGAGUUUCGAGCCCUCCCUCUGCUGUGAACCAGUUUAACCAGUACAAUCCGUGCUUCCCCCCCUCCUCCCAGCUCCUUUUUGGGUGCAAACACCACCAGAUGGAGCCUUUUGGCCAUGAUGGGUACGAUCCAGCACUCGUUAUUUCCCUUUUUCUCCUCACCAGCCCCUUGAUUGACAAAUCAUUGUCGGUUCUCUGCUUGGGUUGUGUGUCCAGCAGGACUUUUUGGAGUCCUUGGGAAAAUACAAAUCAGUGCAUCAGCUUUAAUUCCCUACUUCAGACACACUCCUGGCACUCCAACGGAUCAGGGAGAGCUUUUGCUGCUCAUUUAUUCUCAUUUCCCAGCUAAAGCUUCCCCAUGCAGCUGGGAGGCCAUAAAAGAUAUUUUUCAGAUUUAUGGGAAGGGAUUGAGCCUUAGUCAAGUCCAGGACAGAGGGGAGAACUUUUCAAUAGGUGCUGUCCAAAGGAAAAAUUCCAUGUUAUCCGUUUUUCUCAGGGGAUUUGCAGAGGGAGGAGUCUCUCAGGAUGUCAGUGCCUCUCCUCCCUCCGCUCUCCGCUCUCCCAGCCUGCCUGGCAUCAGUUCCUGGGUGGAAAAAAGCUCCAGCUGGGGCUGUGGGAGUGGUGAGGUGGGACUGUGCCCCAGUUGUGUGUGGCCACAGCCCCACCAGGGAAGGAAAAGGGGCCUGGGGGGAUUUCCUGGUGCCAGGGGCUGUCCAGGAGGGGAAUUCAGGGCAUGGAGAGCCAGGGAGUUCCUGGGAUGGCAGGAGGAAUUCAUCCAGGAGGAUUCUCCAGGAGGAUUUCUCCAGAAGGAAAGCUCCAGGAGGAUUCAUCCAGGAGGAUUCAUCCAGGAGGAUUCAUCCAGGAGGAUUCAUCCAGGAGGAUUCUCCAGAAGGAAAGCUCCAGGAGGAUUCAUCCAGGAGGAUUCUCCAGGAGGAUUUCUCCAGAAGGAAAGCUCCAGAAGGAAAGCUCCAGGAGGAUUUCUCCAGGAGGAUUUCUCCAGGAGGAAUUCAUCCAGGAGGAUUCUCCAGGAGGUUAAGGUGGUGCAUGGAAAAGGAGUGAGAGCCCAAAGGAGUCUUAUUUCCUCCUCUUGAGCCUAUUUUCACUCCUCUUGAGCGUAUUUUUAUACUUUUUGAGCCUCUUUUUACUCCAACUGAGCCGAUUUGAGGGUGGUUUUUAAUCCCAGCUCUCCCCUCCUGGAUGGAGGAGUCUGUCCCUGCUCUCCGAGGGUCAGAGCCACCUCUCCAGCCCUUCCCCACCCCUGAGCCACCCCUGCCCCAGCCUGGGACACUGCUCAGGGCUGCUGGCAGCUCUGUGUGACACUGGCACUGCCACCUUGUCCCGCUGUCCCCGUGUCCCCUCCCAGCCCUGCAGGAGGACCCAGCUGUCCCCCAGCGCUGCAGGAGGGGGACAGGGCAGUAAGGGACACUUCGUGGUGGCUCUGGAAGGGCUGGACGAGGACACAAACCUUGUUUUUCCAGUGGGAGAAGGGAAAUCCAGAGGUUGUCCCAGAAGGAGCAGGGAGAUGGGGAAGGAGGGACCUGGGACAUGCUGGGGUGGCUUUGAGCUGAAAAAAAAAAAAAAAACAAACACAAAAACCAAGCCAAAACCAUUUGUUUUUACAAAUAAUCUGUUUUUAAUGCUGUAAUAUAUAAAAAUUUAUAUCUAUGUCAAAAUAAAAAUGGUACACGGAGUGCAAACUCACCUGGCUGUGUGCAGGGCUUGCUUC